UUGAAACAAUGGACGAAGAAGUCAAAAUCAAAAUGCAUAAACAAAUGGCGAUUGAGCGAAAAUCUUCAAAAAUGGAAGGAGCUGACAGAGAAUAUAUUGAAGCACCUAUAGAUAAACUUGGUCCAGCCGGACGAUGGAUCAGACAUCGCCUCCUGUCAAGCUCACUUUAUGGGACACCCCUUCUAUGUGCUAUUCAGCGCCAUCGCACGCCACUAUGGAACACAAUUAUGAAAUAUAUGAGUUUCUUUGGAACAGAAGAAUUUUAUAUCGUGCUUAUUUGUUUUGUUAAAUGGAUUGUUGAUGCGCGGCUCGGCCGACUUCUCUGUAUUCUCAUGGGUUUCGGAUUCUUUGUUUCAAAUUUCCUUAAGAAUUGCCUUUGUCUCCCUCGCCCACCUUCUCCUCCAGUUAUACCUUUGGAAGAAGCAAGUGAAACAUGGGGCCUUCCAAGUCAUCACUCCGUCUUGUGUGUUGUACUUCCGUGGUACAUCUGGUUUUAUUCCAUGAUACAUUUUAAUUUGGGUUACCCAGAACAGUCUCUGCUAUUCGUGAUCAUUACGACAUGGAGUUUUUCUGUGUUGUUAUGCCGUGUUUAUCUUGGUGUGCACAGUCCUGCAGAUGUGGUCUCUGGUAGCAUAUUUGGUUGUUUAAUCUUAACUUUCUGGAUGAAAAUUGAUAACUAUUUCGACCACUAUAUCAGCCUUGGGAAUAACGUGAUAAUGCAAGCGCUGAUUUAUACAAUUGUUCUAUUAUUUAUUCACCCACGUCCCAAACUUAGAACUGGGUCGUUUCAGGAAACCGUUUGUAUGUUAGGUACAGUGGUUGGUUUCGUAAUAGCCAGAUCUGCGUGGACAGCGAGAAAGCCAGUACUAUGCAAGACUGUGCUCAGGGAGUUAACAGAUUCAACAUCCUGGAUUAACGUAAUUUUAAUAUCCUCAGGAAGACUUUUGAUAGGUUUUAUUUUAGUUUUAGCAGUAAAAGCACUUGGAAAGAUUACGUUUCGUUAUAUCGUGUCGAAUAUUUACAAUAUCAUUGGUUUGAAUUCCAUUAUUCGUGGAAGUUUAAAAGAUCGCUAUUUCGACACUAAAUAUAACAAGUCUUUUAUUCUGCCACCGAUUUUCAAUGUGGACAAUAAUGCAGAAAAGUCCAUGAAAUCCAAAAGCGUGUCGGAGGAUGUUUGGGAAGUAGAGUAUGCAGUGAAGUAUUUGACAUACAUCUUUGUUGGUUGGACUGGAAGUUAUCUUGCUCCACUUUCAUUUCAUCUGAUGGGUCUUAAUAUUUCACGAUGAACUUGAAUUCAUAUGUAUACUACAUGAUCUGGUUAUUUAUCAGGGGCUGGUUGUAUAAAACUCUUUAAGUACAUUUCGCAUAGUUAAGUCCAUGUUAACUCAGAAAUACACGACUCUGAUUGGCCAAUUUUGCCCUUAACUACAGUGAAAAGUUAAAUAUAGUCUUUUAUACAACUGGCUCCUGAAUGUGCUGCAUCCGUAUUUGGAAAGUAGAUUCGAAAAUCAUUCGAAUUUCAAGGCGGCUUUGAAUUUGAGAAUCUUUGGAUCUGGACGUCCACUUUUGUCAUUUUUUGCAUGCUGCAUUAAGGAACGAAUAAUAGGCUAUUGCAUGUCAACCAAUCUUAAAUAAGAUGAAACGAAGUCCACUCUGUCUCUGUGCAUGCAACAGUGCCAGUGCAGAAAUCGUGAAUCUGUUAUUUACAUCAUCACUUUUCAUCAGCUUUAAUAAAUGCAGACAAAUAUAGGAAUGGAAAAUAUUUAAAUUUUGAAUAAAUAUUUAAAAGAAAGUACAGUUAAAUAUAAUACAGAAGAGAAUAAUGAUAUUUUUCAAUAACAAAAUAUUAUUAGUACAAAUAUCGCUUGUUCAGAUAUAUAUGGAUGCAU